GACCGGGUGGGGACCGGCGUGGACCGGCGGGGACUGACGUGGACCGGCGGGAACUGCAGCACGGAGGCGACCUCAUGUGUGUCCUGGUGUCCUCAUGUGUGUCCUGGUGUCCUCAUGUGUGUCCUGGUGUCCUCAUGUUAUCAUGUGUGUUCUUGUCACGGGAGUAGCCGCAAGAACAGGACCCAAACGCCGACAACUUGGGGAAAAAGGCAACUUAAUUGCUCACCGGACUGCGGCACAGAGGCAACAGUGGGGACCGGCGGAAACUGCGGCAGGGAGGCAACAUCAUGUGUGUCCUGGUGUCCUCAUGUGUGUCCUGGUGUCCUCAUGUGUGUCCUGGUGUCCUCAUGUUAUCAUGUGUGUCCUUGUCACGGGAGUAGCCGCAAGAACAGGACCCAAACGCCGACAACUUGGGGAAAAAGGCAACUCAAUUGCUCACCGGACUGCGUCACGGAGGCAACGGCGGGGACCGGCGUGGACCGGCGGGAACUGCGGCCCAGAGGCGACAGUGAGGACCGGCGUGGACCGGGUGGGGAACCGGGGGGGACCGGCGGGGACCGACGUAGACCGGUGGGGACCGGCGGGAACUGCGGCACGGAGGCGACCUCAUGUGUGUCCUGGUGUCCUCAUGUGUGUCCUGGUGUCCUCAUGUUAUCAUGUGUGUCCUUGUCACGGGAGUAGCCGCAAGAACAGGACCCAAACGCCGACAACUUGGGGAAAAAGGCAACUCAAUUGCUCACCGGACUGCGUCACGGAGGGAACGGCGGGGACCGGUGUGGACCGGCGGGAACUGCGGCACGGAGGCGACAUCAUGUGUGUCCUGGUGUCCUCAUGUUAUCAUGUGUGUUCUUGUCACGGGAGUAGCCGCAAGAACAGGACCCAAACGCCGACAACUUGGGGAAAAAGGCAACUCAAUUGCUCACCGGACUGCGUCACGGAGGCAACGGCGGGGACCGGCGUGGACCGGCGGGAACUGCGGCCCAGAGGCGACAGUGAGGACCGGCGUGGACCGGGACUUUGGUUGCCAGACUCAUAA